AUGGUCAACUGCGAAGCACCAGUCGAUGGCAUCGUCGGCGCAUAUACGGGUAACAGUUUCGCCGUCCAAGCCUCUAUCGCCAGUCUCCUCGGAUGUGCCCUCUACAGCGCCCUAGAACUAAUAGUCCUGAUCUUCUCUAUAUUCAACAUCUACCGCGGCCUAUACUUCUGGAGCCUACUUAUCGCCGCAUCUUUAGGUGUCAUCCCCGAUGCACUUGGCCUAAUCCUGAAAUACUUCGAGCUCGCCCCGAUAUGGGUCCCUGUAACCCUUUCCACGGCCGGUUGGGCCAUAAUGGUAACCGGGCAAUCGCUCGUGUUAUACUCGCGACUACAUCUUGUUAUGUUUAACAGGACAGUUCUGCAUUGUGUCCUGGGAAUGAUCAUUUUCAAUGCGAUCGCGAUGCAGAUUCCACAGAUCAUUGCGUCAUACGGUGCUGUGUAUGCGUGUCAUACGAAGUUCACGGUUUUUUUCAAUGUGUGGGAGAAGGUCCAAUUGACAGUCUUUUUUGUUCAAGAGAUUAUUAUUUCUGGGUGUUUUAUUGUACAGACUAUUCGGUUGUUGUCGACUUAUCCGAAUCGUUCGAAGAGGAGGACCAAUAUCAUGUAUCAGUUGUUGGCGAUUAAUACCGCUAUUGUUUUGAUGGAUAUUGCACUUUUGACUUUGCAGUUUAUGGGGCUUUUUAUUACGCAGACUGUGUUGAAGUGUUUUUUCUAUACUGUGAAGUUGAAGCUGGAGAUCGCUGUUUUGUCAAGAUUGGCUUCGUUCGUGAAGUCGCAAAGCGAUCAGGGGUCUUCAGGUUUAAGUCAUUUACAGCAGCAUUCAUGA